AACAUUCAAGCUCUAAAGGUGGCAGGCCUUAGCUCCCAAACAUCUCACAUAUUCACACGCAGAUACAUUUCAAGAGAUUUCAGAUCAAUAUCUGGACCUUUGAAGCCCACAGAGAUCUUCAGGAGGGCAAACACUGUCUUCAUUAAGAUCAGAACGCAAAACCAAAAGGUUAAUCCAAUGAAUCUACAUGCGGACUUUAUUCCUUUCCACUUGCUCAGGUCAGCCAGAUGAACACACAUAUUACAGCCCACCAAGCCAAGAUAAGGCAUCAGUGCUUCUUCCUUAUCCUGUGCUUUCAUUUGGUCUGUGCUGGUGUGCCAGGUCCAUGUAAGCACUCUGUCACCCAGGACCAUCUCCGGAGUUUAAGACGUCUGAUUAAGAACCAGUUGCAAAAUGGUUGUUCAAUAACCUACACCUUCACUGAGCGCCAUAAUCUGAGUGUUGUGUGUUAUAUUAAAGCAACAUUCCCUCAAAUACUGGACCUACUCAAUACACAAUUUAGAUAUGCCAAGGACUCCGACAACUAUCGUUAUACUAAUUCACUGAAGAACUUGAUCUACAACAUUUACUCCCAAAGAUGCAUCCCUCCAAUCAAUGAGGAAAUUGAGAAUAGCCCAGCAAAGUUUGAAAGAAUCCACAUGACCUUACCUAGGGCAGCAUUGGAGAAAGCUGAGGAAGUGAUUUGCAUGUACAUGAGUCUGAUGACUAAGAGCGACAAGCCUGUGGACUGGAACUGUGAGGAGGAGUACAUAGAGGAUUACCCUGAAUCCACCACUCAACCUCUUAGCCGAAUGCCAGGUGCCACAGAAUGUCCAUGUACUUGCCCAACAGUGAGUCUUGGAUCAUCUAAGACAUCUGCAUCAACAAGCCAAUGGAAUAUUUACCUGGAAUCUACUCCAUCUCCACAAGGUUCAUCCUUUUCACCUGUGGCAAUAUUGCAGGGCAGUAAUGGGAGAACUAAACAACUAAAAAAGCCAUGAUUUAAAAACACUAGUUCCUCAGAAACCUGCUGCAGGGAGAUCAACACUAGGACAUUUAUCAUACUUCCUCUUUGGUAGCACUCAAAUUUUAAUCGACAAAACCUCAAAUUCAAAUUCAGGGAUGGAGCAUACACCAUCAUCAUUUUUUCCUUCAUUUACCACUUCGAAGGAAUUACCUGAUUUAAUUCUUGGUAGAACUGAAUCCACCCCUUCAGCCAUGUCUGGAACCUAUCAAAAAGGCCGAAGAGAUAAAACACUGGAGAAUGUAAAGAGAAGCACUGCCCUUUUACUUGCCAAGAGGUCUUUAGAUUCCUAAAGCCAAGAAUGACCAUCCAGUUCCUUUAUAAAAUCCACCCAGAACUGGGUUGCUACAACAUCUUACCCAACAGUUGAUAAAAAAGAUUACUCCUGCUGCAGCAAAGUUGAGAAAGUCUCCAAGUCAGAUAUCAGAUGUCAAACAAGUGUCUCUCAUUUAUCUCCAGCAGAAGAAUGUAUUAAAGGUCACUUGAGUCACACGUUACGAAAUACUGCAUGUGCCAUUGCUAGUUCCUGUUUACUCUACAUAAUCUAAAACAGAUUAUUUCACAGCACAUUUUUGCAUUAUACAGACAGCAGGAAGACAGUCAAAGGAUGAAGGACCAGACUCCUAAAGGUUAUUCAGAGAUCUCUGCUAUGUCAGAAAGCAACAGUGCAAUCAUCUCUUUUGGAACUGCACUUACAAUUACACUAGUGUGUGGCUGACUUCUGCUUAUAACUGUAUUAUUUUACAGACAACAAAAAGUGAGUGAUCAAAGUUGCUUCUCUGAAAAAUAUAAAAACGAAAUCCAAAGUGAUGUCAGUCACACAGCCCAUGCAGAAAAGUAUAGAGCACCUUUUUUCUUUUAUUUCCAACAUUAAUAAAAAAUAAAUAACAAGAGGAAUAGAAACCCAGAAGUAAUGGAUUUCAUUAUUUAUUUAUUCAAGACAAUCUUUAAGUGAGGGGUCUCUCAGCAGGUAGCAAUUUCUAAUUUUGUAUGGAAUUGUACAACAUUAUAAGGUUGUUUUACCCGCUCAAAAUGAGUCUACAACCAGGAUAUAGUACUAGAAAAUAUGAAAUUCAUUACUUGUGAGGUGGUCCAUUGAAAUUAUUUUAGAUUUGAAUUGAAAAAUCGACUCAUUCCAUUGAAAUCUGGGAUGGAAAAUAUCAACAACUUUCAGGAAAAAGAAAAGAAAUAAGAAAGUUCACUUUUCUUGGUAUGCAAACACAAAGAUACACUCACUUAGCACUUUAUUGGGAACACAUGUACAACGCAAUUAUCUAAUCAGCGAAUUGUGUGACAGAAGUGCAAUGCAUAAAAUCACACAGAUACAGGUCAGGAGCUUCAGUUAAUGUUUCCCUCAACCAUCAGUAUGGGGAAAACUUUAUUUAUGGUGCCAGACAGGAUGGUUUGAGUAUUUCUGUAAUUGCUGAUCUCCUGGAAUUUUCACCCCAUACAGUCUCUAUAGUUUACUUAGAAUAGUCCCAAAAACAAAAAAACAUCCAGUGAGUGGCAGUACUGCAAACAGAAAUGACUUGUUGAUGAGAGUCAACCGAGAAUUGUCAGAGUGGUUCGAGCUAACAGAAAGUCUACAGUAACUCAGAUAACCCCUCCGUACAAUUGUAGUGAGCAGAAUAGCAUCUCAGAAUGCACAACAUAUAGAACCUUGAGUCAGAUGGGCUACAACAGCAGAAUACCACAUCUGGCACUUUAUUAGGACCAUAGUGUUCCUAAUUAUAUUUUAAGUGUGUAUUUGGAGUGUGUGUGUGCUUGUGUGUGUACACACACAGUAUAUACUGUACAUACAGGGAAGGAGGUAUACUUAAUAUUCUAAGAGCUGCCUUAACUUCAUAAGUAAAUAAAUAAUGUAAUGAUUUGCUUGGCACAUAUUGAUAAAAGGAAUCUAACAGCAAUAUAUUUUGUGCAGUCCUUAAGUACAAAUGAGUCAAGAACUGAAGGAACUGCUAUUUCUAAAAUGCUUAUAGCUACAGUCAACAUUAACAGUGUUUGUCAUUAAAAAUCUAUUUACAAUAAAAAAAGAUCUCA